UUGACAAGUUGUUUUGCAGUGGACAAUAAUCGAAAAAUAAGUGAUUUUUUGUGCUCGUGCCCUGUGGAAGUGGCAAACUGGCGUAAUCUUGGCUUGUGCGAAAAUCGAACGAUUGCCUCGGUUAGACAAUGAUUAGCCAGGUAACCGUGGAAGCGCUUCAUUCGGCCACCUACGUGGAAAAUUAUUUGGACUCGGUGGAAAAUCUGCCCGACGAUGUACAACGACACCUGUCCCGGAUACGGGAGAUCGAUGUGCUGUACCGAAACCAUCUGCGGGAUGUUAGCGUUUACUAUGACCAGUGGAACAGCAUGAAUGGAUCCGCGUCGGGUCAGCUGAAUGGUGGCGCUGGCAGCGGAGGUGGCGGCGGCGGUGGCAGUGACUCUUCCCAACCUUCUACGACGGAACCGAGCAAUGCUUCCAAGCGUGUCAUUGCACGAAUUCAGCAGGGUUUGAUUGCGGCCCAGGAGUUGGGCGACGAAAAGUUGCAAAUCGUGCAACAGUUGCAAGAUUUAAUCGACCACAAGACGCGUCAGCUGGAUCAGGAUUUCAAAAAUUUGGGCAGCGAUUUCUUUUCCAGAUUGGAUUACAACCGAGAGGAAAAAUUAACCGAAGGUCAACAGAAGGAAAUUCGAUCGACCAGUCCGAGUUCUGCAUGUUCGCCAAACAAUGUCAUCUCAUCACCAGCAGCCUACGUUGUGAAUUCCGGCAACGGGCAGAGUGCAAACGUAGGCGGUUCUAAUAGUGGUAACGGAACGGCUGCUGGUUCUGGCAAUGGAAAUUACACUGGCAAUAGUGGAGUCAAUAGUAAUGCUAGUAAUGGUGGUGUGUCGGGUGGAAGUGCAGCCGGAAGUGGUGGCAAUGGUGGUGCCACAGGAACAGGUGCCGGCAGUGGUAGUGCAAGUACAAACACCGGAAUAGCAGAGCGUGGUUCUAAACGUGCUCGUCGAACGAGAAACGAUCAGAACAGUGGUAGUGCCAAUGGUUCUAGUACCCCCAAUUCCGGCGCUCACGGGCAGAUGGAUAUUGAUCCCAUUGACACUAGCAAUAUCAAGCUGGAAGCGGGUAGCGGCGCAGGAACGAGUCAAACAUCGGGCAGUGGCGCCGGCGGGGUUGCGAGCGGUAAAGGAAGCUCGGGUCAGUCAUCGGCCGCAGGCGGUGCAGGUGGUAGUGCUGCAGGCGGCGGCGGUACCGGUGGUGGUCAAGGCAAGAAAGGUGGCGCUGGUGCGGGGAAAAAGAAAAAACGAAAGACCGGCCGAGGACAAGCGCGGGAAGCACGCGAGGAUACUCCACCGCCCGAGGAAACCAUCGAUCCCGAUGAGCCGACGUAUUGCUUGUGCGAUCAGAUCUCCUUCGGCGAGAUGAUCCUCUGUGAUAACGAUCUGUGCCCGAUCGAGUGGUUCCACUUUAGCUGCGUCGCGCUGAUGUCCAAACCGAAGGGUAAGUGGUUCUGUCCAAACUGCCGCGGCGACCGGCCGAACGUGAUGAAACCGAAGGCCCAAUUUCUGAAGGAACUCGAACGCUACAAUAAGGAGAAAGAGGAGAAAACCUAAAUCGAGAACAUGCCGGUUGCUUUAUUUGGAUUCUGUUUUAUACAUUUUUUUUCCAUUUGCUAUGUAUAAGAUCACAGCGAGUUGUUUCCAGUUUGUUUGCGAUGUAGACCGUUUCUGUUUUUACACUAUUUGAUAAAAAAUCGGAAGUUUUUUUUAUCGAAAAUCAGCACCGCGAAAUGAAUUUUAUUUUCUCUAAAUUUUAUUGAAUGAACAUUUCUAUUUAGGACCUAGCACAGUUUGUAAGGGAUCAUUUUUUUAAAGGAUCAAACUUUUUUUUGAAUGAAUGAUUUCCUUGCUUUCGAGGAAAGAAAAAUGCCACUUAAAUUUGUGUUUAUGUUUCACAAUCCAAAAGUUUGCAGUUAAAAAAAGGAACAGUUUUUAACGGAAUGUAUUUUUCAUGCGAAACGAAACACAUCUGAAACAAAACAACAAUUAACAAUCGUGUAUUGUAUUGCGGAAAAAAAGAAACAAAAUAAAAUAAUUCGACUUAAA